UUUUCUUUAAAGUUUUUUUUUCUUUUUUCUUUUUUAACAUUUAUUUAUUUUUGAGAGACAGAGACAGUGUGAGCAGGGGAAGGGCAGAGUGAGAGGGAGACACAGAAUCCGAAGCAAGCUCCAGGCUCUGAACUGUCAGCGCAGAGCCCAAUGUGGGGCUCCAACUCAUGAACCGUGAGAUCAUGACCUGAGCAGAAGUUGGAUGCUUAACUGACUGAGUCAUCCAGGCGCCCCUACCCUUACAUUUUUCAAAGAGGAUCAUUUAUUCUAUUAUUUAAAAUCUCCAAAUAUUGUUAUUAUAUGAUUUUAAUAAAGUUCUUCUACUUAGGAAAUUAGGAACUGUUUGUGUUCCAAGGCUUUUCUUAUAGUCUCCAAGAAACAGAAAUCAUUUCCAUGGUUGUGCAUUGGUAACAACAAGCCAACAGGCUCAAAAUGGAGUUACUUAUGCUAAGUCCCAUAUUACCAAACUGAGAUGCAACUUAAUUAGCUUUGGCUCUUCUAGAAAUGUAAUUUUAAACCAGUUAUCAGGAGUUGCCUGAUGACCAAGCACUAGAUUUGCCAGAGACAUCUGCCAUCACUUAAGAGAAAGUAACCUUGCAACAGUCAAUCUGCUUUUUUGUUUGGUAUAAUUUCCUUGUUCCUGCUUCCUUUUACCCGUAAGAAUUUUUCAUUUAGUACAGCUUCUCUGAGCUCUUUUCUAUUUGCCAGAUUGGAUGCUGCCCCACUCAUGGAUUGGUGAAUGAACCCAAUAAAAUCUUUAAAAUUUGUUUAGUUGAAUUUUAUUUUCUAACAGUGUGGUCUUUAAUGUUAUCAAAAUUAUUAUGAUUUUUAACGGUUUACAAGGAACAUCAAAUGGAUUCCCAAAGACCUCAGAUUAGAAAAUUAUGAAGACCAUCAAAAGAAAUGAAUAGGAAACUCCUAGCUUGUCUUAAAGGGAAAAACAAACAAAAAAACAAAACAAAAAACAACCAAACGCCUUUUCAAAUUUCUUCUGAGCACACUGCAAUACCUAACUUUAUUAAAAACUGUGAAACAAGACUUUUGUCAUCCCUGCGAUACUGGAUUCUGCUGUUUGGGCUUUCCCUUCUCCCAUCUCCUCGGUUUAUGUCUGAAGAUCUAUCACAGGUCUGGUGAUUUCCAAGCAAGAGAGGAUUCAGAAAUGGUGUAUCUUGUGAACUGUAAGCACUUUCUCUGGGUUACAGCACCAUACAAUAACUAGUUUCUACUGGAUUUAAAUAUUUAAACUGUUCGCGACAAAUUUUGAAUUAACUUGAAAUGGAUUAGUUGCAGACUGUGUACACCCCCGUUCCCUGUACGUUAAUCACCAUACUUACUGAUCCCCUACGAGUUCAAAUCCCUGAAACAAGCAUGAAAAAAACAAUGCGAGAAGGACGCAAAUUUCUUACUCCUCAGGGUUGGUUUUCAGUAGUCGGGCAAUAAGCAUACUUUCAGAGUCUGGAACUCCAUAAAAUUGUUUUGGAGGAUGCCCCCAGCUGUGUCACGGCCCAUUUCGUUUUGCAUCUGAAAACAGUACAAUUUCCCAACUAGAACUAGUUCAGCGCGGCAAAACCCAAAGCUGGACAAGGGCGGGUCUCGAAGCUGCGGCGCUGGACGCGGGGAGCAGGCUGGUCCUCUCCUUUCGCCGGCCUCUGGGUUUGAGGCCCCGAGGUCAGCUCCGCUCUCGGCUCCGCGCCCGGCUCGGGUGCGAGCCGCCAACUUCGGGCCAAUCAGCGCGCGGCGUCUCUGAGACCGCAGCGCCCCGGCCCGCGCCCCCCGCGCCCCCGCGGCAGCAAUGGCUGCAGCGGCCGCGGCGGCUCCGGGCUGAGCCAGACCCGGGACUAGGAGGGGCUGAGCCGCGGGGGAUCCUGGAAUCGGCGGGGAGGUGGGGAUUCUGGGAGGAAAACUCCAUUUCCUCCUUCCCUGCCGGCCUCUCCCCUCCACCCAGCACCCCAAAUUUCGAUGUGUCUCCUCCCGGGCGCAGAGCGCUGGUGCUGAGCGAGGCGGCGGCGGCCGCGGCCGGGAAAAUGCUGGGCAUGUACGUGCCGGACAGGUUCUCCCUGAAGUCUUCCCGGGUUCAGGACGGGAUGGGGCUCUACACGGCCCGCAGAGUGAGAAAGGGUGAAAAGUUUGGACCGUUUGCCGGAGAGAAGAGAAUGCCUGAAGACUUGGAUGAAAAUAUGGAUUACAGGUUGAUGUGGGAGGUUCGUGGGAGUAAGGGAGAAGUUCUAUACAUUUUGGAUGCUACCAAUCCACGACACUCCAACUGGCUUCGCUUUGUUCAUGAGGCACCAUCUCAGGAGCAGAAGAACUUGGCUGCCAUUCAAGAAGGAGAAAACAUUUUCUAUUUGGCAAUUGAAGACAUAGAAACAGAUACAGAACUUCUGAUUGGCUACCUGGACAGUGACAUGGAGGCUGAUGAGGAAGAACAGCAAAUUAUAACAAUGAUCAAAGAAGGGGAAGUUAAAAAUUCUAAAGGACAAUCAGCAGCUGGCAGAAAAGAUUGCCUUGGCUGUAAAGAGGACUAUGCUUGUCCCCAGUGUGACUCGAGUUUUACCAGUGAGGAAAUUCUUGCUGAGCACCUUCAGACAUUGCACCAGAAACCUACAGAGGAGAAAGAAUUUAAGUGCAAGAACUGUGGGAAGAAAUUCCCAGUUAAGCAGGCUUUGCAAAGACACGUUCUUCAGUGCACAGCGAAAAGCAGUCUGAAAGAUUCUUCACGAAGUUUUCAGUGCUCUGUUUGCAAUUCUUCCUUCAAUUCAGCAUCGAGUUUUGAGCAGCACCAGGAGACUUGCCGGGGAGAUGCCAGGUUUGUGUGCAAGGCCGACAGCUGUGGAAAGAGGCUGAAGAGCAAGGAUGCCCUCAGAAGACACCAGGAAAAUGUCCAUGCUGGUGAUCCUAAGAAAAAGCUCAUAUGUUCAGUGUGCAAUAAAAAGUGUUCUUCAGCAUCAAGCCUACAGGAACAUAGAAAGAUUCAUGAGAUAUUUGAUUGUCAAGAAUGUAUGAAGAAAUUUAUUUCAGCUAAUCAGCUAAAACGUCAUAUGAUCACUCACUCAGAAAAGCGACCCUAUAAUUGUGAGAUUUGUAAUAAAUCUUUCAAGAGGCUUGAUCAAGUGGGCGCCCACAAAGUAAUACACAGUGAAGAUAAACCUUACAAAUGCAAGCUUUGUGGAAAGGGAUUUGCCCACAGAAAUGUUUACAAGAAUCACAAGAAGACCCAUUCUGAAGAGAGACCAUUCCAGUGUGAGGAAUGUAAAGCUUUGUUCCGGACCCCGUUUUCUUUGCAGAGACACCUUCUCAUACAUAACAGUGAGAGGACUUUCAAAUGCCAUCACUGUGAUGCUACCUUUAAAAGGAAGGAUACUUUAAAUGUUCAUGUCCAGGUGGUCCAUGAAAGACACAAGAAAUACAGAUGUGAGCUAUGUAAUAAGGCAUUUGUUACACCCUCAGUGCUUAGAAGUCACAAGAAAACCCAUACUGGAGAAAAGGAGAAAAUCUGCCCAUAUUGUGGCCAGAAAUUUGCCAGCAGUGGUACACUGAGAGUUCAUAUCCGUAGCCACACAGGUGAGCGGCCCUAUCAAUGCCCUUACUGUGAAAAAGGAUUCAGUAAAAAUGAUGGACUGAAGAUGCAUAUUCGUACCCAUACCAGGGAGAAACCUUACAAGUGCUCAGACUGCAGCAAAGCCUUCAGCCAGAAGCGAGGCCUGGAUGAGCACAAGAGGACGCACACCGGAGAAAAGCCUUUUCAGUGUGAUGUUUGUGACUUGGCUUUUAGCCUGAAGAAAAUGCUGAUCCGACACAAGAUGACUCACAAUCCCAAUCGUCCCCUGGCAGAAUGCCAGUUUUGCCAUAAGAAGUUUACAAGGAAUGACUACCUCAAAGUGCACGUGGACAAUAUCCAUGGCGAAGCUGACAGCUAAUGGUAGCUGUAAAGGAAUUAAACCGUUCAGAAGGGCUCCUAAUAUGAAACCCAGAUUUCUCUCACCUGAUUAGCAUAGCAGAAGUAGACAAAAGUAAUUCACUGGUCUCAUAGUUCUUAUUUGCCUACCUUUAGAGUUCGUAGAUGCAUAUGCAAAAAAAAAAAAAAAAAAAAAAGGAAAGAAAGAAAUUCCUACUUUUACCAAAAAAUGGUACAAAUAGAAAAAAGAAACAACUUUGUAGCCUUGCAAAAUACUACUUAUGCUCUGUUUUAUAAAAUGGAAAAAGGAGUCAUGGCUUUCCAUGUUGGCUACCUCUCUGUAAAGAAGUUUACUAACAUACUCUUUAUUAGGCCUUUUUAUUUUAUUGUUAUCUGUGUGUGCGCAUGCACGCACAUACUGGUUAUUACUGAUUUAUCCAGAAAGAAAUUAAUAUACCAAAAUAUUUCAUACAGAUGAGGAUAAGGUCAAGGGUUUUUAAAGUAUCAAGCAUGAUAUAGGAUAAAACUUGCUAUUUUGUGAAACAGACCAAAAGUUGAUGUUAUUUAUAGCUCUCUACAACAGGUCAGUUUAAAAUAAGGAAGUAUUUAAGAACUAAAGCAUCUACUGAAAUAUUGCUCAUUUUAGAUAAUUCUUCGAAACAUUAUCUCCUCUAAUCACUUAGAUGCAGACAUUCAUGGUCUGUACUACUUUCAUAAGAUCUUCAUAAAAAUGACCAUAUACCUUAAGUAUAUAUCAAGCUGAUUCUCCUAAGUUUAUACCAGGCAUCUUUAGAAAUUAACAAUAUACAAAUGCAUACAACUAAAAAUUAAAACGAAAUAGGUUCUCAAUAUUUGUUGACUGACAGGAGUGUCAGCACAUAGUGGCAUUGCAAUAUUAGUUAUGGUGAACCUAGCCUUUUAUCUUCUCAUUCCAUCAAAGUGCACAGAACAUGUUGGCACAGCUAUAAUAGAGUCCUCAGAGCAUUAACAUUCUGUUUCACAAAAGACGUUUUCCAGAAUCCAGGCAGCAGGUGAAUCUGAAACACUUUUGAAUUACCCUCAAUUGUUCCGUGUAAUUAGGAAUCCAGAAUAAAAAAUACAAAUCCAGCUAUUGUUAUGAUUGGAAUUAUCACUGAUUAAGGGAAAUUGAAGCAAGAAGUGUAAUUUCUUCUGUUGGGUUAUAUUUCAAUAAAAUACUUGAGAGCAACAUACAAUGAGCAACUUGCUUUGGGGGAAGAUAUGAUAAGAUGCAUUGGUGAUGUCAGAAUAGCGUAAAGGAAUCCAAAAACCAGAAGAAAGUCAAAAUGAAGUCCAAAUCAUGAAUUUUUCUACUUAGAGCUCAAAGGAGAGGAAGUAUAACUUUAAGGAAAUUGGUUCCAACUUAAGAAGAAAGGUUAUCUGAAGACACAGUUCUUUGAAGUCAGGAAUCUUGUUUUAGAAUUAUGUUUUUGCUCAGUUCCAGUUUUAAAAAGAAGCAUAAAGAUUCAAUAUAGAGAUUUAAACUCUGUAAAAAUACUAAAUUUGAAACUCACCAGAGAUAAUGUUUAAAAAUAUAAAUCUCAGAUUAUAAUUUAGAAGAUAUCUAAGUAUGGUUAUAUGUAGCAUUUUUAUAUCUGAAAAUUAUAGACUGUAUUUUAUAAAAAUAGAUUUUGGUCUUGUUUCUCACUAUGCCAUUUGUUUCAACAGUAUAUUUUUAGAUCUAAAGUGUUUUCAAUUGAACACGACAGUGUGCUUAAUAUCAUUUGAAUAUAAAAGGCCAGCUGUAAAA